AUAAACAUAUGCAGUCUUUUUCCAGCUUAAAUUUGAGCCUUUCAAAUAAACGUUUUAUCCAGCCUCAAAGAAUUACGUUUUUUUUAGGGCGAAUUCUUGUCGGGAGAUCUUGUCCGAGCAAAUGGGUCAGUUGUUGCUGAAAUUCAAGGAAUGGCGCGAAAAACUUGAGUUAUCGCACGAAAAGGCAAAACAUGGGCCUUCCAGGACCAUCUCUCUUGAGAAAAAGUUAUUACCCAGUGAAGACGACCAGAAACUAACCAAAGACUAUGGUGCAGCACAUGAAACUAAAACAGUGUCAUCCUCAGACGAACUGUUCUCAAAAUUAGACACGUUGGAGCGUGUCUUGGAAGACCAAAAGAAAUUCCUCGAGGAUCAUGAUGCAAAGAUACAAGAAAUAGAAAACUUUAUCAGAAAAUUAGCCAAGGAACGAGAGGAAAAUCAGGAACGAACUGAGCAAGAAGUUAAAUUCAACGACCCUUGGAUGAGGUUCGAGCAACACAAGCAGAUUCUACAGACCCACGAGGAGAGACUCGAGAAAAAUGCCACCAAGAUUGAGAUAAUCAGAGAAAUGCUAAAUGACAUUCAAGGAGACCAAGGAAGUGAAGUACUGAAACUAAAACUUGGGGAAUACAAACAACAGUUAAAGAAAGGAAGAGAAUAUUAUGAGAAGUUGAAGAAAGAGGUGGAAGAGCAGCUUCAAAUCCAACAGAAGCAGCAUGAUAACAUGUUAGCUGGUUUUAUUGUGGGUUUUGUGAUACUGGUGAUGAUUUUCAUGGUACCAAGAACACUCUUGACAUCUGGAUAAUACCAGUACCAUCAACAUCAUGCAUUGUUGGAACAAUGCUAACAGCUGUUUAUUACUUUUCAGCAUUGGCAAUCAUUAGCAGGGCUGUGCAACAAGGCUCAAACAUCAAACUGCACUAAAAAUUAUUACAGUGUAAUAUUUGGCAACAAACAGUUUAAGUCAUUAAAGGGUGAUUUUCA